AGUUAUCAGUAUAGCAACAAAGUGAAAAAGAGAGAGAUAGUACGAGUAUGAUGAGGAGGCAACGGUGUUAUUUGGAUAUAAGCAUUGGAGAAGAGCUGGAAGGAAGGAUAAUAGUGGAACUGUUCAAUGAUGUAGUGCCCAAAACUGCUGAGAAUUUCAGGGCUCUUUGCACUGGUGAGAAGGGCAUUGGUCCCAACACUGGUGUCCCUCUUCACCACAAGGGAGUUUGUUUUAAUCGGGUUAUCAAAGGAUUUAUGGUACAAGGUGGAGAUAUAUCUGCUGGAAAUGGUACAGGAGGAGAGUCAAUUUACGGUUUGAAAUUCGAAGACGAGAAUUUCGAAUUGAAACAUGAAAGGAAAGGAAUGUUGUCUAUGGCAAAUGCUGGUCCUAACACAAACGGCUCUCAAUUCUUCAUCACUACAACCCGCACUUCUCACUUGGAUGGGAAACAUGUUGUAUUUGGCAAGGUUGUCAAAGGAAUGGGCGUUGUUCGUUCUAUUGAACACGUAACAACCGGUGAAGCUGAUUGUCCCACUGUAGAUGUUAUGAUAGCUGAUUGUGGAGAAAUCCCAGAGGGGGCAGAUGAUGGGAUAUCCAAUUUUUUCCAUGACGGUGACAUUUAUGCCGAUUGGCCAGCUGACCUGGAUGAGAGCCCAGAUGAGCUCUCCUGGUGGAUGACUGCUGUGGAUUCAAUUAAGGCUUUUGGAAAUGAACAUUACAAGAAACAAGACUACAAGAUGGCACUCAAAAAGUACAGGAAGGCUCUACGCUACUUAGAUAUCUGCUGGGAGAAAGAAGGGAUCGACGAAGAGAAGAGUUCGAGUUUGAGAAAGGCGAAGUCUCAGAUAUUUACAAAUAGCUCUGCAUGUAAACUGAAACUAGGAGAUCUGAAAGGUGCACUGUUAGACACAGAGUUUGCUAUGCGUGACGGAGAAAACAACGUGAAAGCAUUGUUUCGUCAAGGCCAGGCAAACAUGGCACUUAAUGAUAUUGAUGCUGCCGUUGAAAGCUUCAAGAAAGCUUUGCAAUUGGAGCCGAAUGAUGGUGGUAUAAAGAAAGAGCUUGCUGCUGCUAUGAAAAAGAUCAAUGAUCGGCGCAACGAGGAGAGAAGGAGAUACCAGAAGAUGUUCCAACCACACUCAACUGAUACUGAUAAUUAGAAUGGUUCAGAGCAUCGGUUGUCUUGUCACUGUUGCAAUCUCUUUACCGUUAGACAAUUGGAACGAAUAAUGAAGCCGUAGAUUUAUCGUAGGUGUCAUGUUGAUUUAACUGAUCUCCCUCGGGUUUCAAUGGAAGCAGAGGAAGAAUUCCAGCAAAACUCAAACUGUACUAAAAUCUGAGGUUUGAACCAAUUCUUCCAAUAGAGUUUUCAUACAAGUUAAUUGGACUCCGAAAUUUAAACCCUGGCAGGUCAGACUUCCUUUUGUCUUUCAUACAAAAUUGGUAUAAAAUGUACAAUUUUGUAUUGUUUCUUUU